CCGCGGCGGCCCGCGGCGCUCGGCAGCAGCAUGCUCUAUUUCCAGAUGGUGAUCAUGGCAGGGACGGUGAUGCUGGCGUACUACUUCGAGUACACCGACACGUUCAGCGUGAACGUGCAGGGCUUCUUCUGCCACGACAGCGCCUACCGCAAGCCCUACCCGGGCCCGGAGGACCGCAGCGCCGUGCCCCCCGCGCUCCUCUACUCGCUGGCCGCCGGGGUCCCGGUGCUCGUGAUAAUAGUUGGAGAAACUGCUGUGUUUUGCCUACAACUGGCCACACGGGAUUUUGAAAACCAGGAGAAAACUAUUUUAACUGGAGAUUGUUGCUAUAUAAAUCCACUGGUGCGGCGAACUGUACGAUUUCUGGGUAUUUAUACAUUUGGGCUAUUUGCUACAGAUAUCUUUGUAAAUGCGGGGCAAGUGGUUACAGGGAAUCUGGCUCCACAUUUCCUUGCCCUGUGUAAGCCCAACUAUACAGCACUCGGAUGUCAGCAGUAUACACAAUUCAUCAGUGGGGAGGAGGCCUGCACGGGCAACCCAGAUCUCAUCAUGAGGGCAAGGAAAACGUUUCCAUCCAAAGAAGCGGCUCUCAGCGUCUAUGCAGCUAUGUAUCUGACGAUGUACAUUACCAACACAAUCAAAGCCAAAGGAACAAGACUUGCUAAACCCGUUUUAUGUUUGGGCUUAAUGUGCUUGGCCUUUCUUACUGGACUCAACAGAGUAGCAGAAUACCGAAAUCAUUGGUCAGAUGUGAUAGCAGGCUUUCUGGUUGGAAUAUCUAUAGCAGUAUUUCUGGUUGUGUGUGUGGUAAAUAAUUUCAAAGGAAGACAACCAGAAAAUGAACAUAUACACAUGGAUAAUCUGGCACAGAUGCCAAUGAUCAGCAUUCCUCGAGUAGAAAGUCCUUUGGAAAAGGUAACAUCUGUACAGAACCAUAUCACCGCCUUUGCAGAAGUCACAUGAUAUUGAAGAAGAUGGUCUGUCACUACAUUGGACAUCAUCCCUUUUCACCAUCCACUCAUAACACCCAAAGUUUGUUUGAUUACAAAAGAAAUUUAUAAAGUUGUCUAAUAAUUUUUAUAAUUUUAAAACCAGUGUCCACUUAUCUGUUUCCCCCACUAGACUGUGAGCUCCUCAAGGGCAGGACUGUGUCUUUCUUCUCUGUAUCCCCAGCACCUACAACAAAACCUUGCACAAAGUAGGUGUUAAAUAAAAUAUGACGACCCAAUGAAAAAAAUUAGUUCUUAAAUAAAACACAUUAGUUUCUUGCAGAAUCACUGAUACUGUGUGAAAAGAAACCUUAACACAAGUCAUCCUGUAUAAGAAAUUCCCUCCAUUUCAGUCUAGUUAAGCUUUUUAGUUGCUCAUAUAUCUAUUUAGCAGUAUACCACAUUUCAUUUGAAGUGGACUUUGAAAGUCAUGGGGGUUUUUAUGUUAUUUUUCAGCAUGACAUUAUUUCCAUUCUAACAGAUUUCAGUGUGUGAAAUUACUUUACUUUUAGAAAGUAUGGUCUAUACUAAAAUAAUGUUUGCACAUAAUAAUAUGCUAUAUUUCACUUAAAAUACCAUUCAUACUAUACAUUCUAAGACUGGUGCUUCUGCUUUUGAAGGGGAAAAUGCCAAUUUUUACUGUAAUAAGUAAUGUAUCAUAAUUAAAAAUUAUUUAUUUGGACUUUUGUUCCUGACAACUGUGGUUUAAUUGUUGACUUGUAGCUUUUGAAUGUAGGCAGUGUGUAGGAUAUUUUAAGUGACAAAAUCUAGCAGUGGUUCCUAUGUAUUGAGCAAUUUUCCACUGAUAAAGUGUCUUAAGAAGGGUGAAUGUCUCCAUUCUUAGGGUUUUUACUAGUCAGAAUUCCACAUAAUUUAAACAGGAAAGAACCACACUCUGACACAUAAAUUUAAAUCUGUAAAUGCCAGAAAUGUGGUUAACACAUUUUACUUCACAUUUGUAUAGUACUUUAUGGUUUACAAAGGACAUUUUUAUUUAUAAUUUUACUUAAUCCAUAUAGUAACCCUGUGUAAUAAUUGAAAAUGGCUUUAGUUUAUAAAUGCUAAAAAUAAAGCCAAGGCAAGGUGGAUAAUAUGCCUAAUUCCAAACAACUAGCAGGAGACACUUAAAAUUUAAAUUCAGGUUUUCUGACCCCGAACUUGUAUUCUUUUCGAAUACACCACAGCUGUUGUAUCAUUUUGGACACAUCAAAACCUUUCAGAGGUCAGUAGAGUCCUGGACAACUACCUAUGUUUUUUAAAAAUGAAGAAAUAUCAAAAUAGAGUUAUAAGACCUAUGCUGUAUUCUAAACAUUUAUGUUUUAAGAAUGAACAAUUUACAAAUAUGCAAUUAUAUGGUAACCUAUUUUUAAUUUUCUUUAAAAAUAAUGUCAAGAGUCUAGGUGUGAGGUCUUUUGUAAAGUUGAAACCCAAAUCAGGUAUCUGUCCUGCAACCCUCACCCCUGUGCUCUACACCCCACCUCUCAGUAGAGGCCCCAAAAGACGUACCUCACUGAGCAAAUGAAAUUAAGGAUGAAAUCAUGUGAAUAUAAGGAAGAUGAACCAGGCUAUGAUUACACCAUUAAAUGUACUCCUCUACCAUAACCUCUCAAUCUUUAAAGCCACCCUGAGUAGCUUUGUCUUAUAUGAGCAGUAGUUAAUUGACUGAAAUGAUUCUUCCUCACCUUGACAGUAUUAAAAAAAAACUACAUUUUCUCUGUAAUUUCAACAGAAAUCAGCAAAUAGAUAUAACCAAAGACUUGUCUAUUAUUCCCCAAAUAGAUUUUACUUGCUCUUUUCCACCAAUAUGGGACUUAAAACACUUUUUAUAGGGUCAAAAGCAGAAAAUCCAUAUUUCUACCAAAUUCAGACUUCUAUAUAGCAAUUCAGCAUGAUUGGAAAUUUAAAAUAUAAAAAAGUUCGAAUGCCUUGAUCCACUUUAAUGACUUUUUUAAGGCAAUAACAGUAAUGGGAAAUUCACUUACAGGGAAUGGAAGUGAAAAAGGAUGAUUGUAAUGUUUUCAGAGGCAGGAUUACCAGUAAGACUUCUGGAGUCAAAUUAGUUCUAUAGGUUCCAGAAUCAGUUUUCCAAGGAGCCAGUUUGGAUUGUUUUUCCUGUUGGAAGCCUUAGCUAUAUAUUCAUGUGUAAAUGUUGUGUCUUUGCACCUUGCUAAACCAGGUCUGAAUACAGGAGUUAUAAAUUCCUCAGAAACCCAGAUUUUAUCCAGGAUCUGAAUAAGAUCAUCUCGCAUAUUAAAUGUUAUGGGCUUAAGAUUGUGCAUUGAAUGAUCCUGCCAUGAGGAAAAUUUAGAAGAAUAAAAAGAUACACAUGCAUAAAGGCAAAAAGCCAGCACAGAGCCCUGAACUAUGAUACUAUAACUGCAGAUAAUGAAAACCACCUUUAAGAAAAUAUUAAUUUGUAAAUAUGUACAUAUAUAGUCUAGUAAAAGCAGGCAAACACAUACUUUUCUGAUAAAGACAUCUUUUUAUUCUACUCACUUGGGGCCCAGCAGUAUAAAUUGGUCAGCCUGAAAAUUUUAGUAGUCUCUGUUUGCAUGGCAGAAAUUCUGCACAUGUUCUAUCUGAUUCCUAAGAUUAUUUAAAAGGCUCUUUUAUGUUAAAAGAGAGGUGAACCUUCUUUGACAGACCUUGUCUUUUCCACUUCUAACUGGGCCUCUCUUUUCUCAGGAUCUAUCCUAGCCAAAUAUCACAGUUACAUUUACCAUACAGUUUCCUUUGUGAA